GAGAACUCAUCAAGUACUCGCCGCGAAUGUUGCGAAUUUGACCUCAGUGGCGGGCUCGUUGACUUUGCUCUGGACUCCCUGGUGGUUUUGAAAUCUCGAUUGGCCCGCUAAAAAGGAACUGUCGUAUGAGCAUGCUUAGGUAGUAAGCGCGAGGACAAUGCCGCGUGGUGGCAGAGCUACGCGCUCAAAGGCUGGAAAGACUCUGGACUCUUCCCCGCCGGAGCCCGAAAAGCAAAGCGAGGCGGAAUUGGAGGAAGCUCCCGCUAAGGAGGAGACACAGGCGCCCGAGGCGUCAGGCGACAGCAGCGACGGUGAUAGCGAUAGCAGUGGCAGUGAUGGCUCCGAGGCAUCGGGCGACAGCGUGGCCGAUGCAAAGCGUCGGCAGCAGGAGGAGAAGCUGAAACAGGAGCAGGACCAGGACUCGGAAACCCAGGAAGAGGAGGAGGAGGUGGAGCCGCAGACGGAGGAGGAAGCACGGGAUGCCCUUCGGGAAAACUGGAAGUUUGCUGCAGUGCUCCAGUUUGCCCGCAUCUUCACAGAAGCACUGCAGCUCAAGGGCUUCUCAGCGGAUAUACUAGAGUCCGCUAUCGUCAACCCAUCCGAGCAUCAGGCCUUCCUUGGAGAGCUGGUCUUCAAGCUCAUCCGAGAGGACCCCGCUGCGCACUACGUGGAACGGGACGCGGAGGGUUACUGGGAGGCGGACCUGGCCAACAAGAUCCACCGCCUGUGGCGGCAGUAUUUUCCCCGCAACCCCCUGCACAAGCGCGGGUACUUUGAGCUGUCGACAGAGCAGCGGGUGGAUGUGCUGUACGCACUGUGCGACUGGCGCAUACACGACUGCCCGGUGCUGCGGGAGACCAUGCGCACCAUGGUGGACGACCCGGAGGUGACGGCAGAUGUGCUGCGGGCGGAGCCGGUGGGCGAGGACGGCCGCGGCGCGCGAUAUUACUUCCUCAGCGGCGACAAGCACGAAGAUUGCUACCUGUUCAAGGAGGUGCUGCCAAAGCCGUCUCGGGGCGGCAAGCGCGGCUCCGCUGCGGCCGAGCUGCCGCCGGACGCGGAGGCGGAGUGGUCCACGGAGUGCACGACGCUGGAGGAGCUGCAGGAGUUUGCGAAGCGCAUGAGUGCGUCACGGAACAAAGUGGAUAAGGAGCUGGGCGAACUCAUUGACGAUGAGAUCCUACCCGAGCUCGUGUCGACGGCGGACGCCCGGCGGCGGGCGGCGGAGAAGGCGGCGGCCUACGAGGCGCUGCCCUCCAAGCGGUCCGGCCGCCUGCACGUGCUGCAGAAAAAGAAGGAGGAGGAGGACGCGGCGCGCAAGGCUCGCGAGGCUGAGGAGCGGAGAAAGAAGGAGGAGGAGACGCGAGAGAAGGAGCGGAAGCGCAGGGAGAAGGAGCGCGAGCAACGCCUCAAGGAAAUGGAGGAGGCUCGGCGCAAGUUCCUGGGUAUCACCGCGCAGUCGGGGCCCACACGCGAGGAGCGCAUGCGGGCCAGGAUGGUGGGCCGGCGCUGGUCCGAGGAGCCGCGGUCCACGACCGAGGCGGGAAGCAGCAGCGACAGCGAUGACGAGGGCGAGGGCGAGGAUGACGAGGGGGAGUCCCGCAGCAGCAGCAACAGCAGCGGCGGCGAGGAGGAGGAGGAUGCCAACGCGGAGCUGCCUCAGAAGCGCACGCGGCGGCCGCCGCGUCGCAAUCUCAGUCCCUCGCCGCCGCCUGCGCAGCAGGCCAAGAAGCAGCGGCGCGCUUCCGCACCUGCCGGGGACUCCAGGGCGGAGCGCAGCACCAGGUCUGCGGCGAGGGGCGCGAAGGCUGAGGCAAAGGAGCCAAAGGAGCCGAAGGAGGUGAAGAAAGAGCAGAAGGCGAAGCGCACGCCGGAGCCUGAACGGCCGCCGCCAGAACCCGCGCCGCCGCACGUGCGGCUGUACCCGGGCACGUGGUCGCCGCUGGAGGGCGUGUCGGUGGUGCGGCGAGAGGGCGCGGCCCGCGCGGCCGACAUCUUCCGGCCGCGCGUCAAGUACGAGGUGCUCAUACAGGCGUCUCGUGGCGCCACGGGCGACAUGCCGUACUGGGUGGCACCCGCGGCGCGCCGCAUGGCGGAGGAGGACCGAAAGGCCGCGGCGCGACUGCGCGUGCGCGACUCGGCCGCGUUCGAUGAGCCCGGCUCCGGCUCGCAGUCACCGCCGCCGCCCCCCACCUCGCGUGUGGGCCGGCCGCGGCGCUCCUCCGCAGCGGCACGUGCCGCGGAGGAGGCGGAUGACGAGGAGGACUUCGACAUGGAGGUGGAGGAGGCGGCUAGGCCGCCGCCGCGCUCGCGGCGGAAGCCGCAUGCGAUACGGCGUGACACGGUGGACGAAGAUGGCGACGUGGAGAUGAAACCAUCGACGUCUGGGCCGGCAGGGGAAGCGGGGCCGGUUGACGAGGAAAUGGAGGAGGCGGGGGCGGGCCCGCGGGCGGGGACGCGCGGGCGGCGACAGACGAUGGAGGAGGGAGACGACGAGCCAACGCUGUCGCCCACGGGGCGGCCGCAGCGGCACCGGCGCAAGCCCAAGCGCAACCAGUCGUCCGACGAGGGUGAUGUGCCAGAGGAGCCGGAUGAGGGCGGUGAGCUGCCGCCACCGCUGCCGGCGCCGGCGCCCAAGGCGCGCCCGCAGCAGGUGGAGGAGGACGAGGAGGAGUACAGGGCGCCGCGCAAGAAGCAAACGGCGCGGGCGCAGCGGCAGGCACAGCGCCAGGGCUCUGGGCGGCCGCAGCCGCCGGCAGCCAAUGGCGGCGGCGUAGCGGCCGGGGCUGCUGCUGGCAUGGGCGCCUUGCAGCUGCCGCUGCCCAUGGCGAACGUAAACCAGGCGCAGUACCUGCAGGCGUUCAUGGCCAAGGCUCUGGAGGUGAUGCCGGAGGCCAAUCGGCAGCAGAUCCUGGCGCUGCCGCACCAGGCGCGUCAGGCGGUGUUCACUACCCUCAUACAGCAGCAGCAGAUGCUGGCCACAAUGAUCCAGCAGCAGCAGGUGGUGGCGGCAGCUGCGGCGGCUGCGGCUGCGGCAGGGGCGGCGUCGGUGGGGCACCCGGCGGGCACUGCAGGGUCAGCAGCCGCAACGGCAGCGACAGUGUUGCCAGCUGGUACCCUGCCGCCUGCAGCAGCAGCGGGCACAAAAGCGGUUGCGGCCGCGCCAGCAGCUCAUGUGCAGGGCGCGGCUAGCGCAGCUGGCCAACCAGUGCCUCCGCUGGUAGCACCAGCAGCAGCAGCUGCCGCCGCUGCUGCACCCGCCGGCCCAGCGGCCUCACCGCAGGAGGCAGCUGCAGAAAGUUGUGCAGCUGCCCCUAGUGCAGUGGACGGGACCGCGCAGGUACAGGCGGCGCCUCUUGCAACUGAAGCUCACGCACAAGCUCCUUCUGCCGCCGUGGACGCGGAGCCGCUGACCGAAACACCGGCGACAGCAGUGAUGCCUGCCGCAGAGGCCUCUACCAGCAUUGUCACAGCCGCUCCGGCGGGCCCUUCAAGUGCGGCAGGGGCAGUAGAGGACGUGGUUGCGGCGCCGGUGCAGCCUUCAUUGGCUGCGCCGGAGGCGCAAGCUUUGGCUCCACCGCUGGACGCUCAGGCGCUCGCAGCACCCGGUGCCGCGGCAGUACCAGACUUGUCAACGGCUACUGAGGCGCAGGGGCCGGCGCUAGCUCAGCCGCUGGAGGCGGCGCAAAUUGACAUGGCGAGCCUGGCGGCGCAGCAGCAGGCGCUGCAGGCACACAUGGAAGCGAUGCAGGCGCAGCUGCAGACGCAGCCGGCGCAAGGGCACAGCGAGGAGCACCAGCAGGUGCUGGCGGCGGCGCACGCACAGGCGGUGGCGGCGUUCGCGCAGGCGCAGGCGGCGCAGGCCGCCUUCGCCGCGGCGGGCUUUGACCCCAUGGCCGUCGCCGCAAUGCAGGCGGUGCAGGCUGGCAUGGUUCAAGCUGACCCCCUCGCCGGUGCUGCCGCAAGCUACGAUCCCGCGGCGGCCGCGCAGGCGCAGGUGCAGGCGCAGCCAGUCGUGGCCGGCACGCCGCCGCUGCCGGUUGGCAUGGAGAUGCCGGGCCUCACGCACGAGCAGAUUCAAGCACAGGCCAUGGCGCAGGCACAAGCUACGAUGCAGGCGCAGAUGCAGAUGCAAUUGCAGGAGGCACAAGCUGUUGCGGCCGACCUGCAGGCGCAGGCACAUGCCGCUGCUGCAGCCCUUGCCGCAGCGCCGCCGGAAGCCCAGGAGGCGGCUGCGGUGCACGCGGCGACGACAGCAGCAGCCGCGGCUCAGGCGCAGGCGGCGCUGCAGGCACAGAUUCAGGCCAUUGAGCAGGUGACGCAUGCGAUGCAGGCGCAGGUGGCGGCGGCGACUGCCGCGUUGCCAGGCGCGGCCGCAGGUGGCGGAGUCGACAUGACCGCACUGUACGCGCAGCAGCAGCUACAGGUCUACCAACAGCCGCACCUCAUGCUCCAGCAGCCACAGCAGGUGGUGGCCACGGGCGCAGUGGAUGCGGGGCAAGACUCCGCCGCUGCGGCCGCCGCCGCCGCGGCAGCAGCGGCGGCGGCGGCCGCCGCCAGCGGGACCUGGCCUGGCGCUGUUCCGGGUGUGGUGGAUCCCGCACAAGCGGCAGCGGCUGCAAUGGCGUGGGACCCAGCCCAGAUAGCCGCCAUGCAGGCAAUGUAUGAGCAGAUGGGCAUGACAGGCAUGGUCCGCGACACGGGGGCGGCGGCGGCGGACGUGGCCGGGGCCGCGGGUGCGGUUGUGCCGGGCCAUGCGCCGGAUGGCAGUGCAGCGGCGGCCCCCGCUACAGGUUGAUGUCACAGGAGGUUGCGGUUGGAGUCUGUUUGGGUAGGGAGGUUGGAAACGUGCCGAGGAGGACUCGUGCGCAAGGAGGGCUUCAGGGGCUGCGGUGGGCGUGGCUGUGCUGCGGCUGUGUCGUCACGGAGUACUGUACUGCCAGGUUGACGGCGUUGGGUGUGCACGACGCCGUCAACUGGCUCGGCUGCGCAUCAAGGCUUUGUCGAACAGUGUAAAGGAUUUUGCCU